UCCUGCUAACUCGAACCCACCACACCCGGGGACAGUUCCGCAAUCCAUUACCCGACGACAAGCGCUUCCCGGCGGGUUGCCCCUCCCCCACAUUGAGCGCGGAUUGCCGGGCCACUUGCCCCAAUAUUUACAUCUCUCGGCCCCAAACAAGGAAACUCUCGAGCAUCAACGCCAGCAACUCGAGGAAUCGAAUCGACCACCAAGCUCAAGUAGUCAACAAGAUGGCGGCCGAAAAAACGGCUGCGUGGGAGAAGUCAAUUCAGCGGAACCCCCAUCCAGACUUCAAGAAAGUGGAAGCCUCCCGCCCGCCAUUCGACUCUUCUAAGACCUUCACCUUCACUCAGACCCCGGAUCCCAACUGGCAGUUCGGAUCCGGCGCCAACUCCACGCACUGUGCGGCCAACUCGUGCUCAGCCGCGGGGAAAGACCACCAAGAAGAAGAAAAGAAACACGUCGUCAUCGACCCGUACGCGCCAGACCGGCCGGCGGGGUUCAACUACAAGCUCCUCAUCUCGGCCGUCGUGCCGCGGCCGGUCGCCUUUCUCUCGACCCGCUCGGCCGACGGCGCCACCACCAACCUGGCCGUCUUCAGCUACUUCCAGAUGAUCGGGCACGACCCGCCGCUCUUCGUCAUCGGCUUCGCCUCGCCCCUCGACGCCGCCCGCGCCAAGGACUCGCUGCGCAACCUGCACGAGCGCCGCGAGUGCGUCAUCAACAUGAUCAGCGAGGGCUUCGUCGAGGCCGCCAACAGCACCAGCGUCAACGCCCCCUACGGCGUCAGCGAGUGGGACGUCAGCGGCCUGACCCCCGCCUACGACUGCGAGACGGUCGGCUGCGCCCGCGUCAAGGAGGCCGUCUUCUCCAUCGAGGGCAAGCUCGAGAGCCUGAGGGAGUUUGAGAGCCGGGCCACCCCGGGCAAGGUGACGGCCACCAUGGCCGUCAUCGAGGGCACGCGCUUCUGGGCGAGGGAAGACGCUAUCAAUGAGGAGAGGAACCUGAUCGAUCCCAAGGUACUGCGUCCCAUAUCGAGGUUGGGAGGCAUCACGUAUGGCCGAACGACCGAAGCGUUCGAGCUGCCGCGACCGGACUUUGAGAAGGACGUGGGCGGAAUGGAGGGCAUGAAGAAGUUGGAGAGCAGGCAUCCUCCCAACUGAGAGCGUGGGCAUCGAAGCGGUUGCUCAGUGAAGUUGAGUAGCUGUGUCAUAAAUGAUAAACCAUGACACAUUAGGGAAGAGGUUAGACAACGGCUGUCAUAUAGAUGGCUCAUAUGCCGCCCUUUAUCGAAGAGAUUCAUUCACCUCGGGUCUAGGCUUCUCGUCGUGGACAGACCUCGGAGUGCGACGUAUCCACAAGCCAGAGAGCAUAUCUUAAAAACCUCUAGCUUCUCCUUCCAUCCCGAGGGUUCAUCUUGCCAAAGCUAACUCGCUCGGAGUCAGAAACAUGCGACAAUGCGCCGAUUGGUUCUGAAAAAAAAGUUUACCAAAGCACAAUGU